AGCUCAGUUUUCUUUUCUUUUCUUUUUUAAGUAACGAGAUAGAGUCAUAGAGAUGUCUACUCUGCCCAUGAUUGGGUGCCUCCACUCAAAGUGCUCCAGCAGACCAGCAGGGAAGGUGAAGCUGGACCUGCCAUUUCUUCCUUGCUCUCGCUAAUCCGUGAGAUUUGUAGGUGUCUCCGAUCGUGGAUCAAGGCUCACACACCCAUACACAUCCAUGGAGUCUGCGGCAGUGGGAGCUUUCUUGAAGAGCGUGAUGGGAAGGCUCUUCCUGCUGCUGGAGAAGGAGUACAGCAAGCACAGGGGCCUCGCGCAAGAAGCUGCCUCCAUCCAGCAUGACCUCCGCAUGAUCGCUGCCGCCAUGGAUGACCAGCUCGGCGCCCUGGGGAGGCCCGAGCGCACCGCCGUCGCGAGGCUGUACAGCGCGGAGAUUCUUGACCUGGCGCACGACAUCGAGGACUGCGUUGACCGCUUCACGCAUCGCCUCAGGUGCAAGCACCGCGGCGGCGGCGGCGGGGGGGCGGCGUCUUCCUUCGUGCAUCGGGUGGCUCACGAGCUGAAGAAGGUUCAGAGCCGUUCAAGCUACGCCGACGAGAUCCACAAGCUCAAGCGGCGCCUGAAGGAGGCGCGUCAACGGGUAGUCGACUCUGCUCCUGUUGGCCGGCCCGGUGGAUUGCCGUCGUCCGCGACGCUCGACGCCUCGAAGCCGUGCCCCGCCGUCACGCGCAACCCGGCAGGCAUGGAGAAGCCCAUGGAGGAGAUGCUGUCGCUGCUGCGCGAGGUGGACGGUGAGCCGCGGCAGCUGAGGGUGAUCUCCAUCGUUGGGCUCGGUGGCUCGGGGAAGACCACCCUUGCAAGGGCAGCCUACGACAGCCCUCAUGCCAAGGAAACCUUCCCCUGCCGUGCUUUUUCCGCCGCCGGUACCUUGCCAGAGAUCAGCCAACGGAUUAAGGCUAUCCUGCUUGAUAUACUCCAGCAAAUUGUUCCCAAGGACAGCAUGGAUUUGGAUGCUGACACCAACAAUCUUGAGGCCUUGCUCAAGGAAUACCUCAGUGACAAGAGGUAUUUGAUUGUCAUUGAUGGCGUCCAAAUGGAUGAGUGGAGAGCCGUAAACUCAGCCUUUGUAGAUAGCAGUACUGGCAGCAGAAUAAUACUGACGACAACUAUUCAGUCAGUUGCUAAUGUGUGCAGUCAUGGCAAUGGCUAUGUCUACCAAAUGGACACCCUUGGUGAAGAAGACUCGAAGAAGGUAGCCUUUCCGGGGAUCAGGUCGCCUGAGUUGGAGCACGGUUCAGCGGCGCUGCUGGGAAAAUGUGAUGGCCUCCCACUUGCUCUGGUCAGUGUUUCCGACUAUCUGAAGAGUUCAGUUGAGCCCACAGGGGAGCUUUGUGCAAAGCUAUGCCGCAACCUUGGUUCUCAUCUGAAGGAAAACCAUGGCCAUGACAGCUUUUCAGACCUAAGGAAGGUUCUUCUUGACAACUAUGACAGUUUAGCUGGCUACGCUCUGAGUUGCUUCCUGUAUCUUGGCAUAUUCCCAAGGAAUCGUCCGCUCAAGAGGAAAGUUGUAACAAGGCGGUGGUUAGCCGAAGGGUAUUGUCGAAGUGAAUCUCUUCGUGGUGAGCAGGACAUUGCAGACGAGAACUUCAAUAAGCUUGUCGAUUGGAAUAUGAUUCGGCCUAUCGACACAAGUAACAAUUCACAAGUGAAGACUUGCAAAACUCAUGGGAUCAUGCAUGAGUUUGUACUCCAUAAGUCCUUGUCGCAUAGGUUCAUCAUGACGCUGUCUCCUGAUCAUCCAAGGGCUGGUGCCAAUGCCAACAAUGCUCGGCACCUAUCUGUCCAUGAUGGCAAACUGAUAGAAUGUGAGGCAUCUGAUGAAGAUUCGUCACGUGUUCGAUCUCUGACAGUCUUUGGGGAUGCAGGUGGAGCCAUUUCUUUUGUUCGCAGGUGUAAACUGAUACGAGUCUUGGAUCUGGAAGAAUGCAGUGACUUGAAAGACCACGAUCUCAAGCACAUCUGGAAAUUAUGGCAUCUCAAGUACCUGAGCUUAGGAGGCAGUAUCCGUGAGCUUCCAAGGUGCAUUGAUGGGCUGCACUGUUUAGAGACACUGGAUUUAAGGAGAACAAAGAUACAAUCACUGCCCGUCGAGGCCAUUCAACUGCCACACUUAACUCACCUGUUUGGAAAUAAGCUUAUGCUUGAUAAGGACGACUUGAAGAAUGUGAACAAGAUGAGUAAACUGGAAAAGUUUUUAUCUGGAAAAAAGAGUAACUUGCAGACUUUAGCUGGAUUUGUCGCUGAUGAUAGCAAAGGUUUUGUUUGUUCGAAAAAAAAAGAUAGCAAAGGUUUUCUGCAGCUUAUCAUGGAUAUGGAUAAACUGAGGAAGCUUAAGAUAUGGUGUAAGCGUGUUGCCAACAGAGAUAGUUAUAUGAGUGACCUUUCAAAAGUCAUUCAGAAAUUGACAAAGGUCCCUAUCGACAGACACAAUGAUUGUUCUCUUUCACUUGAUUGCAAAGAAACCUACGAAAAUUUUCUGAGUCAACUUAAUUUGGAGCCAUGCUCUGAGGGUUCCAAAUAUGAUAUAAGGUCACUAAAGCUUCAAGGCAAGUUGCUUAAACUGCCUCCAUUUGUUACGCUGCUGUCAGGUCUCACUGAUCUGUGCAUCUCAUCAGCUACCCUGACACAGGGUCUUCUAUCAGCGCUGGCAAAUUUGGGCAAAUUGCUCUACCUCAAACUGGUUGCAGACCUGCUUGAGGGUUUUGAAAUAAAACAUGGGGCAUUCCCAAGUCUGCGACGCCUGUGCUUUCACGUGCAGAGUCUCGCUUUAGCUCCGCCAACCAUUGAAGAAGGAGCUCUGCCAAACCUCGUCUCACUUCAGCUUCUCUGUCGAGAUUUGGUGGUUGGUCUUUCAGGCAUGGAUAUCAGACACUUCAAACAUCUCAAGGAAGUCAAAAUUGAUGCUGAGGCGAGUGCAGAAGAAAUACAGCGUUGGGAACAUGCAGCGCAAAAACACCCAAAUAGGCCCAGAGCAGUGUUGGUCAAAACAGACAAUCAGAUUGAAAGCGAGGAACCGGGACUGGGACCAUGUGCCAUGAGGGAGAAGCGAAAAAGAUGCCAAGCUGAACCAUGUUUGGAUGACGCACUAGAUUCUAGUCUUAAGAAGAUGAGACUUUCAGAGUCGUCUUCUUGGUCUCAGGCCAUUGUCCAUCAGGUGAUGGGAGCAGACACAAUGUCAUCAUCCAGUAUUGCUGUUCCUCUUCAUGCUGAUGAAUCUGGUGGUUGGAUGCAGCAGCACAGCCGUCCUUAAUUUCAAAUCCCAUGCCCCUUUCAUUUUCUCAACUGUGUUUGUAAUCAUAGGUUUGAGUAUCUCUCUUGUUAAUGUAAUCGAUGGAAUUGUUUUUUUAAUCUAAAGAUGGUUAGAUUGGGGUGGACAGUGGCAAUUUCUGCUAUGCA